AUGAGGUCGUUUAUUACCUCCAAAAAUGCUGCUGCCCUUGAUAGAGAUCUCAUGAGCAUUGCCGGAUUUUCCCUCGGUCAGCUCAUGGAAUUAGCUGGGCUCUCCGUAUCACAAGCUAUCCACCGAGUUCACCCGCUAGGAUUGGGUCCGAGAAUCUUAGUUAUUUGUGGACCAGGCAAUAAUGGAGGCGAUGGACUCGUAGCGGCAAGGCAUCUGUGGCACUAUGGUUAUAGACCAACUGUUUACUACCCAAAACCCAACAAGAACGAUCUUUUUCAGAGCCUAUCGAAGCAGCUUGAACACCUAAAUAUACCUUUUGCUGAUGAUUUAGCCAAAGCCCUAAAUGAGUCUGAUCAUAUCGUUGACGCCAUCUUUGGCUUCUCAUUUGCCGGGGAGAUUCGCGAGCCAUUUCCUUCAAUUAUCAAGGCACUUCAAGAAACCACGGUUCCAAUAACUUCUGUAGAUGUUCCGUCAUCUUGGGAUGUUGAAAACGGGCCGCCUGUAUCCGGCUUAGGUUCAACAUUUAAGCCUACAUCUCUCGUGAGCUUGACUGCCCCUAAACCCCUAGUUACUUAUUUCAAGGGUAGACAUUUUGUCGGGGGACGGUUCUUGAGCCCUCAGCUUCAAGACAAAUAUGGUUUGGUUGCUUAUCAGUUUGAGGGAACUGAUCAGAUUAUUGAGAUUGAGAACGGGGUAGAGACGUAG